CUCUUUUUUCCCUUUCUAUCGUUCAUUCUUUUUUUUUUAUUUUUAUUUUGAACUUCUUUGCAGAAAGGAAAGUGUAAAAAUAAAAAAAGAAUCAGUAAAAGGGAAUUCGUACACAACACUAAAUGGUCUAUCUUGUAUUGUUACUGGUAUGCUUGCUUGCAACAAGUGCGUUGGCAUCAACUCAACUUACAGAAGCUAAUAUCAAACUUAAAACUUCUGCCGGUAACUGGUUGGUAUUUUAUUACCAUUCUACUUCAAUCUCUCAUACUUUUGAAUCGACCUGGGAGAAAUUGGCUAUGGAUUACAAUGGAUGGAUCCAACAUGGUGUUUACUUUGGCAAAGUGAAUUGCUCGACUGAAAAGUCCAUCUGUGACAAUAACAAUGAUAUCAUUAAGGUUUUUUCCAAUGGUAAUGUGAUUAGUACGAAUGGUCUUGAUGACAAUGUGACAUCAUUCCUGAAACAACAAAUUAUUUCCAAUCCUCUACGUGGUUCAGUUUCGCUUACUAAAGAUGACUUGACUAUCAUUGAAGCAUCGGGUCAUCCUUGGUUCGUCAAAUUCUAUGCUCCCUGGUGUGGUCAUUGCAAAAAUCUGGCACCUAUCUGGGAUUCUCUGGCUCAAUCUCUUGAUACCUCUAUCAUCAAUGUUGGCGAAGUCAACUGUGAAACUGAUCGAGAUCUUUGCUCAUCCCAAAAAGUAACCGGGUUACCGACGUUAAAAUUUUACAAUGGUGAAACAUCCUUUAUUUACAAAGAUGGGCGAGACUUGGAUAGUUUCCAAAAAUACUUGAUAAAAAUGACUGGUCCUACUACUCGUGCAAUUGAUCAUUCUUCAUUGGCAUCUAUCUAUGAAAAUCCUGUUUCACUGGUGUAUGCUCACAAAAAGGGUGAUGAUUUGACUACAAUUCAAUCAGUAGCGAAAAAGUAUAUGGAUUCCGUACCAUUCUAUACGACCGAUGAUAGUAAAGUAAUGAAAGCUUUAGAUAUUACAUUGGAUAAAGAUCAGGCUACAAGCAAGGCAGUAUUAAUCAAGGAUGGAGGCGCGUUGCGUCAAAUUUACUCAAAUGACAUCAAGACAGAAAAGCAUUAUAUCGAUUGGGUGGAUCAAAACAAAUAUCCUUUGGUGACAAGGAUAAACUCUGGAAAUGCCAAUGAUAUUUUAAAAGGUGAACAAUUGGUAGCGUUAAUGUUCCUCAACAGUGAUAUGGCACACGAUGGUUUCAGACAAGUAUCUCGUGAAUGGUUGGUCAAGUCCACUGAUGCUUUUCCUCGAGUGAUCUUUGCCGAACUCAAUGGUCAAGUCUGGGCAAAAUAUGUCAAACGCGUUUAUGAUAUUUCAUCCAAUGACUUACCAACCUUGGUGAUUGUGAAUCCAAAGAAUAAGACGUAUUAUAACCAAGAUCUGAAGGGUAAAAAGUUUUCAAUAGAUGAUGCUGCCUCACUGUUUGAAGCAUUACAACAUACAGAACAACUGGAAAGUCAUACUACAGAACCUCCUCGUUCAGUCUCGAUGUUUGGUAAAACCAUUCAAUUUUUAGGUGAUCAUUCGUUUGUAUUUGCUGUUGGAUUUUUAGCGUUAGUGGCUCUUUUAUUCACAAUUGCAGGUGCAAGUGGACAAGAGGAACCUAGUGUUGAAAAGAAGAAUGAUUAGAUUUAGUAUUAUUUGUAGUAUAGAUUUUUAUUUUAUUUUAUUUUGAAUGAAUAGAAUAAAGACAUUUGAUUUUUUCAUUGA